AGUUAAUCAAUCUCGCUGUCGCUGCCCACGCUAUCGUCAUUAUCAUCGUCAUCAUUGGUAUUACUUUGAAUAUACAUACCGACAUACAUAUGUAAAUAUACAGAACAUCACACCACCAGCAAAAUAAAGUCAAAUUGAGUUAUGAUUAGACAGCUGACCUGACAGUCCGCGUUAAAUAACACUUUUCGUUUUUCAUUGUGGCCUUCAAUCUAUAAAGUGUUGUAAGUGAAGUGGUGAAAACUCUAUUUGUAAAUAUAACAUUUUCAAAUUGUAAAUAUCGUAGUUGUCGAAAUGGAGCAAAAUGUCGGAAUGGAUCAAGAUCUGUUUGAAGACCAAGACUUCUCGGCAGAUGAUGAUGUUGUUGACCCAAAUUUUAUCCCGGAGAAGGUGAUCCGCAAGAGGAAUAUUGUUGCGGAUAGUGAUUCGGCAGUGAGUACUAAAAGAAUGCGUAGCGUCGGAAGGAGUUCGCCUAAAUUAAUUUUCAAUUCAGAAUUUUACGUGGCAAUGGAAAAAUCAAAUGGAAGAACAACGGCUAAAUGUGCCGCCUGUAAUAAAAUCAUACGAGGCACCGAGGAAGUAACUUCAAACUUCAUAUCCCAUUUGAAAGUUCGCCACAAUGACUUACACAAAAAGUAUUUAAGUAUGAAAUCUGGCCCUUCCCGUGAAACCACGACACAGGAAGCUUUUGAACAAAAAAUUAUCCGUUUUUUGGUAGACUGCGCGUUACCCGUUUCUAUUGUAGAAAAAGAGUCCUUCCGUGACUUGUUUAGUGGCACUGGAUGGCAUGUUAUGUGUAAAAAGUCUGCCAUGAAAAAACUUGACGAAAGCAAGCAUGGUGUCUGCAGUACGGAAUAACAAAAAUAUUUCAAAAUAGUUGAUCUAAUCAA